AUGAUAGCAUUUUAUACGGAUUUUUUUUAUAACGUAAUUAUUGCCUGGUCAUUGCAUUUCUUUCUGAAAUCAUUCACGACCCAUUUACCAUGGGCAUCAUGUGAUCAUGAAUACAACAGUAUCGUAUGCUAUGAGCCAAGCUGGAAUGAUGGCAAAGAUAGCGAAUGUGCUCAGCCAUUAAAUAAGUCUGAUAUAGGUGUUAUCUCUGCUGCCGAGGAAUAUUUCUAUAAGGAAUUUCUUGGCUUGCAUAUGCCUGGUGCAGCAAAUUCAUCAGUAGCACAUUCAUUAAGCAAUCUUGGUCCACUUAAUUGGGAAAUGGCAUUUUGUCUAUUACUUGUCUAUAUCAUUUGCUACUUUUCUCUUUGGAAAGGUAUCAAAACGAGUGGGAAG